CAACACAGCCUAGUAGUUUCUCAACACACAUGUAAGGUUGUGUUUGACACAGAUUUAAUUUGAUUGAAGAUUUAAAGGCUUUCCAGUGUUCAACAUUUUUCAUAUUCCUCUUAAGGAGUUGGAAAAGUGAUGGAGAAAAUAGAAAGACGGCGAUCGGUGUUCCAAUUCUAACAAGGCCAGUUCUCCUAUUACAUAAACCAGCAUAAAACAUUACAUAAAGAAGAUUUUCGACGAAGUUCCUGAAAGCUUGACAAAAUGAAAUUCUAUGAAAAUUCGGCAAUAUUUAAUUACAGCUGGGAGCAAGUCGCUCAGGGCUUUUGGAAACGGUACCCCAAUCCCAACAGGUAACAGACAGUUAAGAUGCUUUAAAAGGAAUGCUCAAUGUUUUUGUCCUAUUCCUCAUACAUGCUGAUUUUCUUUUGUAAUCAAAUAGGAGCAAGCAAGCACGUGUUAAGUGAGGACACAGUCUCCAGAGAACUGAAAUCAGGAAAACUGGUUUCCAAAAGAAUAUUGACUAAAACGAAUAACAUUCCAAACUGGGCAAAACGUUUCAUCAACACAACGUAUGUUUAUAUUGUUGAAGAGAGCAUAGUCGAUGCGAAAAACAAGAUUCUAGUCACCUAUACAAGAAAUAUAGGAUUCACAAAAGUUAUGAGUGUUACUGAAAAGGUAACUUACACGCAGUGUGAUGUAAAUCCGUCGAAGACUGUCGCAACGCGAUAUGCUUGGAUUGAUUCUCAAGUUAGAGGUUUUAGCAGGGCAAUUUGCGCAUUUGGCUAUGAAAGGUUCAAGAAAAACGCCCAUAAAAUGGUUGGAGGCUUUAACCAUGUACUUCAGAACAUGUAUCCUCACCAACACGUUAUUCAAACCGGCUAUGUAACAGCGACGGCGGCCACUAAACUCAAAGAUGCUGCCAAGAAUGCAUCUGAGUUAGCCAAGGCAGCUCCCAUGUAUGCUUCACUCCAUCCUAAUUAGUUUUUAAAUUAGGAGUCGCAAGGAGACAUUGUGUUAAAUAAAAUUUUCAAAGCUUUUGGUUGAACAUCUAAAUCAUUAUAUGCCCCAGUUACGGAUAACUGAGUUCAUUGACUGAAACAUAAUCAUUCCACCCAAGAGUGUUGUUUUUGGUAAAGCUGGUAAAUUGUAAAAAAUGUAAACUGAGAUGGUCAAAAUCUGAUAUGAGAUAUUUAUUUGCAAUCUGAUUUGGGCAAUUAAUUAUAUCUGUACCAAUCGGAUUCUAUCUUAUUUUUCUUUGCCAAUUAAUGGUUCUAAAAUCGUUUCUCUUAAAUACUUCUAGUCGUUCCUAUUUCCAAAUACAAUUUGUAGGUGGGUAGCUUUGAGACUAAUUGGUUUCAGAUGUUCAAAAUAUUUUAUUGUAAUACCUUCAUUAGUACAAAUACAAGCAAAACAAUAUUUGUACGUUACUGCUUGUAUUGCCAUUACUACUUUUACUUAGUGGUCUUUUGUAAAUUCGUCUUUUUAUAAUUUAUUAGAAAACCCCUUUAAAGUACUGCUAUUAGCAUAGUUUUUGUAAUAGUGACAAAUAAAAUAUUAUAUAUC